AUGUCUACACCCCGAACCAAGCGCCAAUUCGCUGGCGCAGCCUCUGAUCCCGCCCAGCGCCAGAUCACCUCAUUCUUCACCCCUUCAACUUCGCCGCCUCCGAGUUCUCAGCCGGCAGCCGCCACGCUCCCCGCGAGCGUCCAGACCAAUCUCCUCAGCGUCGGCAUGCGCGUCCGCAAGAGUGUGCCCGAGGGCUACAAGACCGGUUCAUACAGCGCCUUCAAGCUCUGGUCCGACACGUCCGUCGCCCCUACGACCAAGGCCAAGCCCGCCUUCAAGGCUCCCGCGCAGCGCGAACUGCUUCCCUUUUGCGGCAUUCACAACAUCGGUGGCUUCGCGAGCCAGCCUGUCGACUGUAUUGACGACGGCGGCGAGGACGACAGCGACGUGCCCGACAUUGACGAUGUGCCGGGUUUGACCAGCUCGCAGGAAAGCGUCGAGAGCGCCGUCUCCGCUUCAUCACGGAAGCGCAUCUAUGAUGAUGACGAAGAAGAAGCUGCGACAGACAGUCUGCAAGUACCGUAUCCAGGCAAGAGCGCUUGGGCCGACGACGAUGUGAGCCCGCAGAGCCUGUCCCCUGCAGGAUGGGCCAAUGCCCGGCCGAUGGCCAUGCCGAGGCGUCUGGGGCAGCGCAAGGCCGCGACAACGACAACGACUACGAGCUCAGGGCAAGAGAACUUGAGGGAUUUCGAGGAGGCUGACUUCCUAGUCGAGGAGGGUAUGGACAUGACAGAUGCUUGA